UCUGGUAUGAGAUACGUGGCAGACAUUUCCGUUCGUGAUUGUAACCUUUAGGUCGGUUGGCGUGCCAGUGCCUUGUAGCCACAUUGAAGCAUUUUUUUUUUUUUUUAAUAUUUCAGCGGACGUUUUGUCAGACGUCGGCAUAACCACAAUGACCUUCAAGAUUCGACCCGCUCAGCGCACGGACUGCGAUUCGAUAAUGGACUUGAUCCGCGAACUUGCCGACUACGAACGAAUGAUCGACUCGGUCAAGAUCGGGGCUUCGGACCUGGCAAACGACCUGUUCGAUGAAGCCCGAAGCGACGAACAGCCUUGGGCUUGCGUCAACCUGGCGACGAUAACGACCUCAGAUAACGUGGAGCAGGUAGUCGGGUACGUGCUCUACUUCUUCAUCUUUAAAGUGCACACUCUGGAACGCGUGGCCUACAUGGAAGACCUCUACGUGCGUCCCCAGCAUCGACGCAAGGGCAUCGGCCGCGCGCUCUGGAAAUCCGUCGCCGAGCACGGACUGCGCGAGGAUUGUGACGUGCUCAACUGGGAGGUGCUCAACUGGAACAAGCCUGCUCUGGAUUUCUACGUCGACCACGGCGCGACAAAUAUAUCGGCAUCCGAAGGCUACCAACACUUACGCCUGACGUCCGACGUACUGAAAGUGUUGGAAUGUGGGAGUGAAACACCGUGCGGUUUAGAUUCGGCAAGUGCGGACUUGUAGCGAGUGUUUUCGAAGGUCCGAUAGCGUCGGUAUUGCUUCCUGAGCGCGCGAUUCAAGGUAGGCUUCUAUUCACAACCUCAACGGCUUGUUUCGCGGUUUCUCAUUUUCACAUUUCGGCAGCCAGGUCGUGUUCUUGUUUAUUCAGUUUUCACUGUAGACCAAACUAUAAGCUCUACAAGAUACAUUGGACUAAAUGGACGCAAAGCCUUUCAAAGUUUCCAACGUGUUCGGCCUCUGGAACAUAUUGAACCAACGUAUGAAGGGACAUCCAUGGCUGGGUACUACUUCACAAUAUAGUAUACUAAACUCUCAACACGUC